AUGAGUGGAUACGGUGGGUAUUUGGGAGAUGGAACAGGGUACUUGCCUCCCGACUACCGUUCCAUGGAUCAAAGAGUGCAAAAUUAUUCACCAAAUGUACCUCCAAUGCCACCUACUAACCAUCACUCCCAUCCAAUCCCAAUUGAAACAAAUGCGCCUAUUAGGGUCAGGUUGUACCUAUGCGAACAUUUGAGGAGACAUGCUCCACAAAUUUUCACCCAAGGGCCCUUAACACAGCAGCAAAAAUCCACCACUUCUGCCAAAUACACAACUAAAUCUAACAAACAAUUGGAAUCUCAACCAUCUAAUCAAGUAGUCUGGAAGGGAUACAUAUCCAGGAACGGAACCAAAGUGGUCCCAGUUAUCGCAACAUCUCACACAAAUGACGCUUUACAGUAUAUUAAGAAUAUCGAAUUUAUAAACAUUACUCACAGACUUACACUGGAGAAUAAUUUUGAAAAAGAUCCAUUGGCAACAUUUACCCUAAGACCAACGAUGCCUUGCCAUAAAGACGCGUUUGACGAACAUCUGCACUACUAUCCAAAGGGGAAGAUUGGCGUAUGUCCCAUCGAUUCACAACACGUGAUUUUCUUCUGUGCCCAUGGCAACGCUUUGUUUGACAAGUAUUCUGAGAAUCAAAAUACGGAUACCGCAACUUGCCUAAUCAUAAAAUUGCCGCCCAGGGAAGAAUCUACGGGAGAUGUGACCACAGCUUCAACCGCUACACCGACGGCCACUGGCGGCAACUGGCUAAGCCAACUAAGUUCAAUGGCCAAACUCUUAGGGAGUUAA